AUGCAGGAUUCAUCUACUACAAUCUCAAAAUUGGGUCAUGACACAAAACAGAGUCUGACUCAAGAAGAUGACAAUGUCCGCAGAAGAAAGGUGAGCUCUAACGGCAAUUCUCACAGAAGAAGACUGGAAAACGGCAAUGUUCAGCGGGGGAGGAACCAGAGAGUGCAGAUUCGGUCUGGCUUUCUUUUUCUUGCAGAAGCUCGGUCUGUCUCGUCCUCAUGGGUCUUCUUCUCGCUUUCUCGGAGCUCUCGGUCUGUCGGAGCUCUCGCCGUGCGUCUGGUCUGCCGUGUUCGAAGCCCCGCUGUGCGUCGUCCCGUCAGGUCCUCCUCUUCGAAGCUCUCACCGUGCAUUCUCAGGAUGGCGCCAAACAAUAAUAAGGAAAUUGUGAACUGGACAAGAUUAAUGGAUGAUGCCCUCGUUAAUGCUUUCAUGAAUGAAUAUAAUGAGGGUCACAAAGUUAAUGGCACUUUUACAACUACAGCUUAUGAUAACAUAUGUAAAUAUUUGAGUGCUUUAUUCGGCAAACAAAUUGACAAGGAAAAGGUGAAAAAUCGAUGGAAGACUUUAAAGAGAAACUUUUCAGAUGUUUAUGACAUUUUCAACAAUUUGAGUGGGUUCGCUUGGAAUCCAAUAACUCAAGUAUGGGAUGCUGAGCCUGAAGUUUGGGAUGCAUUAAUUGAGGCUAAACCUAAAGCAGCAUUAUGGAGAACUACUUCUUUUCCAAACUAUGAAAAAAUGAUGAUCUUAUAUGGAACAGAUAGAGCUAAUGGAGAUGAGAAUGAGACAGCCCGUGAGUGGAGAAAGAGACGUCGUUCUCAAGAAGAAGUCACUGAAACCGUCAAUGACAUUAACAAUAUUGUCUCACAAAAUAGAGCCACAAUUAAUGUUGAGCUUGAUGGACAAGAAAAUUCACCGGGACAAGAAAACUUACCUGACCAAGAGCACUCACCCACUAUUAAUAGUGCAUGUAGUAAGAAGACAAAGAGUGUGUCUAAGGAGGAGGAGGCUAGUCUAAAUGAGUUGACGGGAACAGUGUUAGCUGUGGCUGAGACAAUUCAAUAAGGAAAUGUAAUGAUAGGACAAAGUUUCAAGAAGGUACCACAAUUGUCAGGUGAAGAAAUUUGGAAAAUGCUUGAAGAGUGUGGGAUUGAUGCUGCAAGAUUACCUGACAUAUAUUGGUUUCUUAUGACUGAUAAUGAUAGGCUUAGAGCAGCAACUCAAUGUCCAGCACCAGUAUGGAAGGAUGUGAUAAUGAGGAUGUUUUAUAGUUCUAAUUAGAUGAUGACUUUUAUUGAUAAUUUUUGUAUAUUUUAUUAGCUAGAUGUCAAAAUGUGGUUCUUAAGCAUGAUCAAUAUAUUAGAUGCUAUUGCCCAAUAUAUUUUGUUAUUAAUGACGACAA